AUGAUAAUGAGCAACCCCAUCCAUCGCGAUUCCAUCUCGACGAUCACGAAGCAUGAAUACGCAGCGGUGGAGCACGAUCGCAACCCGACCCGCGAAGAAAUCCCCACUAUCAUCUUCACGGAUCAAGAUACGGCGGGGCUGGAUACCCCUCACGUCGACCCACUCGUGGUCAGCUUGCACAUCAGUGACUCCAGCGUAGCAAGAAUCCUGAUCGAUACCGGGAGCACGGUGAAUCUAAUCUACAAAGAGACCCUCAACCGCAUGGAAAUCAGCAGAGACCAGAUCAAGCGUUCGUUGUACUCCCUCACCGGUUCACCUCCGAACACGUCUCCGUGA